AAGGGAGAGGAAGAGGAGGAAAAAUCAGAAGUAGCAGUUAGCUUUACAGCUAAGUCCGACAGUAAUGUUGUGUCCGCUGUGAACAAAGUCAGCAGCCAGGAUGGCCCCCUUUACGUGUGCAGGUUAAGAUGUUAAUAACGUUGUGCUACGUCUACCUGUGGGUGCGCUUUCACAAGUGCUACUCGGUGCUGAUCCGCAACAGUCUGUCCAGACUGAACAGCAGCAGCUUCAGCUUCCGGGUCUGCUCCAGCUCGGCCUCAUCACAAGCCUCAGCCCCGCCGUCUGAACGCCACACAACCGCGCGCCGGAGCCCGCCGCCAGCCGAGGACGUCGUCUUCCUCCAGCUGGGAGACAGGGCCGUCUACGUCACAGAGCCUCAGGUAUGUGAUGAUCUCAGCAAAUGGACUGUGCUGUUGGGGUCCUCUCUGGUUUGUGGUCCACAAAUAGAGAAUAUUUCAUUCAUCAUAGAAGCUACAGGACACAGAGUGGGCUACCAUUCUCCUCAUACUUCGAAUAAGAAAGUGCUGAAGUGGUCGGACUGCUGUCUUCCUCUGGCCUUUAGCCCUGGCGAGCCGUUCAGGGCGGUGGCUCAGGCCAGCGUAGAUAACUUCAGUCGGCUGGGUGUGGCUUUUAUCGAAGAUCGCCUUCAGCUGGACAAUGGACUUGUGCCUUCAAAAAUAGUCCCUGUCCUCCUCCAAGAAUCCACUCUCAGUGAGCUGUUGGAGAAGCAGUGUCCACAAAGCCUUAAGACUGAGACGUCCCUAUGGCUCUGUGACAACCAGACUGAAGAAGGUGUUGUUGAGCCUUUGCCUUGUCGCCUGUCAGCUGAACACCACCACCGACAGUGCUGUAAAGGCAGCCUUCUUCUUACCUUGGAGGCAAAGAGGAGGUUAGAGCAGCGUCGAGGAUCAGAACCUGUCCGCAGCACACAGGAUUUGGGACCUGUUGGUGACUCAGAGGACCAUUCCUUGGGGGAUCAUCACCAUAUGGAGGGUCAUGGACACCACCUCCAUCUAUCCAGCUGUCACGAAUGUUUGGAGCUGGAGAACAGCACCAUCCUCUCAGUCAAAUAUGCCUCAGCUGAGAACAUUCCAGACCUUCCUGAUGAUAAUUCAGUAGAUCUGGAUAGUGGGGAUGAGACUCUGAAUGAAGCUGAGCAAGGUUUUUAUGGUCAAAGCGGUGGAUUUCACUGUAAUAGCAAACCGCCAAAUGUUCUGGUAUAUACGGGUGGUUGUCAGGAGCGUUUUCAGGCAAUUCAUCAGCUUUUGUCAGAGUGUAUAAACAUGGAAAACAACAUAAUAUAUCCCCUCCAACCACAGCAGGCUCUGAGCGAUCCUUGGCUGGACAACUGCAGGCUACUGGUACUGGCAGAGGAGGAAACCCUGACCCCCCAGCUUCAGACCCGCUUUCUCACCUACCUUAGCCAGGGUGGCAGGGUCCUGGGGCUAGCCUCCACUCUGUGUCCUGCAGGCCUCUGUCUGGAAGUCAGGGAGAGGCGAUGCAGGCAGGUCAGCAGGCUGAGUUUCACCAGGGAGGACAGCACAGAGCUGGAACUGAGCUUGGUGGCGAGCGGGAAGGUCUACAUCAGGGAUACUCAGGGAGGAGGGGAAGUGGAGCUCUGGGGGGAGCUGAAAGGCAACAUCCCUGGUCAGAGGGAUAUGGUUAUAGUCAGGGUAACCCACGGAGAGGACGGAGGGGAAGCUGUCCUCUGUCAGGCACACCUGGAAUUUGCUCCUGACUCCCAGAAUUUGACAUCAGAAGGUUUUGAUGAACUGAAGGUCAGCAAUGCACUACGUUAUGAAGUCUUGACAGAAAUCCUAACCUCUCUUGGCCUCAGCUGUGAGCUGAACCAGACUCCAACCCCAAGCCCAGUCCACCUGCUGGCAACUUCUCAGCCUGUCACUGGAUGUAGUUGUAAGAGACAGUGGGAUGCCACAACAGCACCACACCGGCCCCACUGGCAGGCAGGCAAGAAUCCCAGCAGCCAGGUCACCCUGCAACUCUCCCAGAGUGCAAAGGACUCGAGACCACAUGCGCCGGGGACAGCCAUGCCUGCCCCAAGGGAGACUGACAACAGCAUUCAGCCCCGUCCCUUGCCCCCCUAG